AUGAUUUGGUCAACCAUUAAAUACAAGACAUUAUUGAUGGCUGAGUUUAAGACAAAAGUGGACUCAACUGACGGCAAAACACGGCUCAAACUAUUUAAGAGGAUCAUUGUGUCCGAGGAUAUAAUCAGCGGAUAUCUGGCCAUCGAUUGGGUCCACGAUUUGCUCUUUUACUACAACGAGACCAACAUUAAUGUCAUUAAUAUUCACGAACCGGAAGCGACUUAUCCCGUGACCCAUAACUACCACCAUAAGUACCGUACAUGGAGUACAGGUCAGGUGGUGGUCAACCCGUUUGACUCAUUUAUCGUUUGGUCGGAAUAUAUCGCUUCCAACGGAUCGGCGGUUAUCCAGAAGUGUAACGAAGAUGGAAGUGAUCCCAAAAUUCUGGUCUAUGAGGACAUCGGACUUCCGGUGUGUUUGGGGAUUGACUUUCGGUCGAAGACUAUCGUAUGGAUUGAUAAUGAGUUGUAUUCGCUGUCAUCUGUCGACUACUCGGGCGGUAGUCGACAGACAUUAAAUCAAUCGAGAGAGUGGUUCAGUGAUUGUUCAUCGAUGGACGUGUUUAACGGAUCCGUGUACUGGACCAACACUAGAGGCAUAUAUAGGUUAGACAUAACAAGUACGUCAUCUGAAGUGGAAAUGCUGGUCAAGGCUGGUGUCUGGUUCAGUAGGAAUACGGACAUGGAUUACGUGCGAGUUAUGCAUCCAUUGAAACAACAAAUGGGAGCUAAUUAUUGUCGUAAUAAUAGUUGCGAUCAUUUAUGUGUGCCAAAUGGCAAACAGGACUACCGGUGCCUGUGCUCUGAUGACGAUCACUGGGAAGCAUGCAAUGACCCAAAAACUACACUUCCAGCACCGGCACAAAUACCUGAAGUGAUCCAAAACACAACAACUUUGAUUCAAUUCAUGUCAACGCCUGACCCCUUAUUCUUAGUCGUAAACAAAGAACGAGACAUAAGACUUGUCAAAGAUAUCCCUAAUCGCGCCGUCUAUCAUAUGGACACCCAAUUUGUCCGCCAUAUUAACCAAACGGUCGGUGCUAUCGACUAUAGCUAUACAGGCAACUAUUUUGUCGGUACUAAAGGCUUGUCCAAAGGAGUCAUAUUUAGCGCGCCGUUAGUCGAGGGUCAACAACAACCUAACAAUAUAGUCACUGAAGGGGAUAAUAGGUUUACCAUUGACCACAAGUCUCUGGCACUCGAUUGGAUCCAUAAUAUACUUUCCCAAUAUGGGGAUAGAGACAAAAGUACAAUAAUGAGAUCGUCCCAAAAUGGACAGGCUGUUACAACACUGGUUGCGCCGCAGUAUAUUAGGCGAUACACAUUAAAUGUAGAUGUUCAGGGUAAACGAGUAUAUUGGGUCAGCCGGGAAAAUAGUUAUUCAUCUAUUAACACAAUUCUGUCAAUCGGAUACGAUAGCAGCAACCUGCAAUUUCACUACGAGUCCGACACAUUUUUCAGUCAUAUAGCGGCUACGGAUAUAUUUGGAAACUACAUGUUUUGGGUAAACAAUAAAGAGCAUACCAUAUAUGGCAGGAAUAUGAGCAUGGUGACUACAAACCCGACAGUUGGAGAGUUAUAUCAAACGGGUAGAGACAUUACGGCAAUGAAAAUCGUGCACAAGUUGCGACAACCUGCCGGUGCUAACAAGUGUAUGAAUCACGACUGCACUCAUAUAUGUUUGCCGUCCGGGUUGGCUAAUAUAAACUACACGUGUGGGUGCCUACCGUUCCAUAGGUGGAAUGGGAAUGAUAAAGCCUGUGUGGGCAACAUUCGUAACACCGAUAGUACCGGUAGCACCGGUAGUAUUGAUAGCAAUGGUGAUGAUAAGGAUAGAUAUGAUACGGCAACUUUUGAAUCUAUUCCCGACCGUAUUAUCAGAAACAAUUUGUCGGAUAAAGUCGAUUUGACCUCAUAUUAUGAAGCUCUCAACAAUGUUAUCCGGAAUAUUUAA